AAUUCUUUGUUUGGAUUUUGCAGAUUUUGAUUCUGAUGUUCUUGUGUUGAUCAGCAGGAACCCUUGUGUAUUGAUCAGAAAACCGGAUCUUGGACCUCCCCCAAUCACGUUGUCUGAAGAAGAUCCAAAUUAAACAAAGCAUCAAAUUAUUAAAGCCAUGUGCACUGUGCUGUGCAUUCUACAAAUUCAAUGUCAUUUUGACAAAGAGACAUAUUUUUGCAUUCAUUACUUACGAGUUAAACUAAGGUCGAAGAUAUAUUUUUGUCGCAAUAAGAUUGACAAAGAGACAUAAAUGAGAGUAGCACGUAUUUUUUAGAUGGACAAAGCUGCCCUCCAGCCGACAGCUCGCCUAAAUUUCCAUGUGGUCUUGUAUUACAAUAACUAGUCCUCAACCUUCCCCAGAAAAGGCAGAAAUGAUGAAUUCCCUCCACCUCUAAAAGGAUAGUUCCAGUGGCAUCCAUGUGGUUUCUCUCCAAAUUCAGGGGCUUUAGCAUGGAAUGUGACCCAUAAAACCCCAUCCUCAUCUCCCUCUUCUGAUAUCGACACAAAUCUCUCUCUCUCUCUCUCUCUCUCUCUCUCUCUACCAUGAGGCACAGGCUCAGCGUGCUGUUAGUGUUACUUUGUGCCACCUUGCACACUGUCUCUUCCGUCAUUGACGGUUUAUUGCCAAAUGGCAACUUCGAAUAUGGGCCAAGGGCAUCACAUCUGAAAGGCACUUUAGUGACGAGCCACCGUGGCAUUCCCUUUUGGGAAAUAUCAGGCAACGUGGAGUACAUAAAAUCAGGGCAGAAACAAGGUGACAUGUUGCUAAUAGUCCCCGAGGGUGACUAUGCUGUGAGGCUCGGCAAUGAGGCUUCCAUUAAGCAAAGUGUGAGAGUGAUUAAAGGCAUGUUUUACUCUUUGACAUUCAACGCAGCUCGAACGUGCGCGCAGGAGGAGCGCCUCAACGUCUCCGUGAAUCCCACCAUCGAGAAAAACGACUGGGGAAUGUUGCCGAUGCAGACCAUGUACAGUAGCAACGGCUGGGAUUCCUAUGCAUGGGGUUUCCAAGCGGACAACCCGCAAGUGGAGAUUGCGAUCCACAACCCGGGUGUAGAGGAGGAUCCGGCUUGUGGCCCACUUAUCGAUUCGGUUGCAUUAAAGCUUCUCUACCCUUCUAAACGUACCAAAGCGAACCUACUGAAAAAUGGAAAUUUUGAAGAGGGCCCAUACGUGUUUCCCAAAACAUCAUCGGGGGUCUUAAUCCCACCCAACAUAGAGGACGAUCAUAGCCCUUUACCGGGCUGGAUAAUUGAGUCCCUCAAGGCUGUCAAGUACAUAGAUUCAGAUCACUUUGCCGUUCCUGAGGGAAAGAGAGCGGUUGAACUCGUGGCCGGAAAAGAAAGCGCCCUUGCACAAGUGGUGUACACAAAGCCUGGAAAAGUUUACGUCCUGACAUUUGCUGUGGGUGAUGCUAGCAAUUCAUGCGAAGGUCCCAUGGAGGUAGAGGCAUUUGCGGGGAAGGAAACUGUCAAGGUUUCGUAUGAAUCUAAGGGCAAAGGAGGGCUCAAGCGCGGCACGCUUAGAUUCACGGCCGUGUCGACACGCACACGCAUCGUGUUCUUGAGCUCUUUUUACACCAUGAAAAAUGACAAUUCAGGCUCUUUAUGUGGACCAGUACUAGAUGAUGUGAAGUUGCUUAGUGUUCGGCAGCCACGAAGUGCUUGAUCGCAUUGCAUGCUUUUUAUGCAAAAGGCAUUAAUUUGUGCUUGAGAUCGAUGAUCCAUUUAUCUUAUUAUACACCAUAGAUUUCCGUAGGAGAAAGGAAGAGGCCGGUUGGAUGUGGAUUUUGGAAUGACGUUCCGUUUGUGUACUAAAUAUCAUUCUCUAUCAUCAAGUAAAUAAGGUUCUUGGAUUAGAAGAUUUGGUAA